CGCCGGAUUUUUUCCAAAAAAAAAAAGGAAAAAGAAGAAAAAUUCCAAUCCUAUCGAAGCGGCCGGCCGCGCAACGGGACAACGGCGGCAGUGCCGCCACCGCCGCCGCCGGCGCCAUGCCCCACUGCCUCUCCCUCCUACUCACGCCCAGCCGCGCGCUCUCCUCCCCGCCCUCUCGCCUCGCCCCAGCGUGCCCGCUUCUUCGCGGGCACCACCACUGCCACCUCAUCGUCCGCACGGUGAAGCGGCAGGCCCCCUCGCCUCGCCUUCUCCAUGCCGCCAGGGCUUCCGCAUCGUCGGCCGCGUCCCCUGUAGGGCCUGUGGGCGAGGGUGGCGCGGUGGGGGGUACGGGUAGGGGUAGGGUCGGGUACCGGAACAGGUUCCUGGACCUGGCGCGGCUGGGGGCGGUGGCGGAGAGCGCCGCGGAGGCGUUCUUCCGCAGCGAGAUUCGCCGGCGGCUGGCCGUCACGGCCGUCCUCAUCCUGUUCAGCCGCGUCGGCUACUUCGUCCCGCUCCCUGGGUUCGACCGACGGCUCAUCCCCGACUCUUACCUCAGCUUUGCGCCCCUUCCUGCAGAUGACCUCGGUGAUUUUUCUUCUGAAUUGAAGCUGUCAUUUUUUCAGCUCGGGAUCAGUCAUCAGAUUUCAGCAUCUAUUGUCAUGCAGGUUCUUUGUCAUGUUCUUCCAUCACUUGAAAAAAUCCGGAAGGAAGGAUUAGAUGGACAUGAGAAGAUCAAAGGCUAUAUUUGGUGGUUGUCGCUGGGUUUUGCACUUGUGGCGGCUUUUACAGUGUCAUGCUAUUCACUGCAGUAUUCUAUAUAUGCUGCAAGUUACAGGGUUAAGCAUGUGAUGAUAACAAGCCUUUAUCUUGUUAUUGGCGCGAUGACAAUGACAUGGAUAUGUGACACUAUAUCGGAAUCUGGAUUUGGACAUGGCUCUUCCUUGAUUAUCUGUAUGGGAAUAUUGACUGGUUAUACAGACACACUCCAUAAGAUGUUAACUCAAUUUUCAGGAAAUUGGUACAGCUGUUGGCCCUACAUCUUGGUGAUAGUUGGAACUUUUAUUUUGGUUACCAUGGGAGCAGUGCUGGUGACCGAAGGGUGUAGGAAGAUAAAGCUUCAGUACUAUGGAUUUAAAUUGGCUUCUGGUGCAAGGAAUGAUGGCUCCCCAGUUACAGAGGUAGAGCCAUAUAUCCCUUUUAACAUAAAUCCAACUGGGAUGCAGCCUUUGCUUACCACCUCAUACUUAUUAGCAUUUCCAAGCAUUAUGGCCAGCAUUUUUGGUACGCCAUUUUGGGAAAGCUUGAAGGAAACAUUUAAUCCAAGGACUUCAGUUGGUAGUGGUCCUUGGGUUUAUUAUUUGACAUAUGCAUUUCUUGUCUUCGUCUUCAAUAUUUUUGACAUUGCAAACUUACCAAAAGAGAUAUCUGACUAUCUGAAUAAAAUGAGUGCCAGAGUACCGAAGAUAAAGCCUGGAAGAGCAACAGUAGAGUAUCUUACAAAAAUACAAACAUCUACACGUUUCUGGGGGGGUAUCCUGCUGAGCUUGUUGGCGACUUCCUCUUUAUUACUUGACCGGUAUCUAAGGCAGAUAAAUGAGGGAUUUUCUAUAGGUUUCACAUCGGUGUUGAUUAUUGUGGGCUCAAUUAUUGAGCUGAGAAGGUCUUAUCAAGCAUACAAUGUGAUGCCAGCACUAAGCAAAGUUCUAAGGAGAUAUGGUGCCUGAGCUUAUGUAGGCACAUAUUUGGAUAUGAUGGUAUCAUCCACCAGAAGAAGAGUGCCAUUUCUUACAGCCGUCUUGAUGCCGUGACCUUGGUUAUUUUCAACUUGCAUUGAAGUGCGGUAAGGAGAGUUCUAUAGCCCAGACUGUUGUCGUGCUUGUUUUGGGAUGAGAUUAAUAUGGUUUGACACCGAUCUUAUGUGGCAUAAACUGGAACUGAAGAACCAAGGGGAUAUUCUGCUACUCGUAAUACAGCAAAUAUGAAGGACGGUGACCUACGAGUAACUGUGUUAUUGUCGUCUAGGCACUUUUGGGAUGGCUGACGGCUUGAUCCAAUCUGAACGGAGUAAUUUGGAUCCGAUGUUAACCAGCCGUAUAACUGUCUGAAGAUCACACUUCCAAAUUGCUAGCUGGAAGUUGGAUUUUAUCUGCACAACGCGUGAUGCAUGGUGCGGUCAGAACCUCCGAAAAGGCAUUUCGUUUCGACUCUGAAGUCUGCAUUAUUGUUGGUUUUUGGUUGAUUGUUGGAACGAUUGUCAGAGAUGGCUGGUUGACUACCUGGACUUGACCAUGUAGCAUAGUGAAGAACAGCUAUUGGGCAUCUCAUUACCAGUAUACCCCUGUAGGUUUAUGCUUUUGUAAAUACAUAUGGCUUAACAGUAGAACUUCACUUCUGACUUCUUUUUUUAUACAAAAGAUUAGAAAAAAAAGCAACUUCAUUGUAGGCUAUUCUGUUCACUUUAUAACAAAGCAACUUCAUAUUUACAAAAAUAAAAAAAAACAUAUUUUAUU